UGGUGUUAUUUCGCUGUCAUUAGCAAUUUUUAUUAAUUUUAAAAUAAAAAGAAAGACCUUGUAGUGAAAAACAAUCAAUUAAACAAACACUCUCUCGUGCCGUUCGAACGAAAACUUCGUGUUAUAAGUUACAAGCGCUCGAUGAAUAACUGUGAUAGGCAUCGGUGUUAUGGGAAGUGUUAGUCAUGAAACACUGGCGUGUAUUUAUUGUUUUGUGCUUCUAUUUGUGUGUUAUUAAACCUUCAAGCUCCGAAAGACCCGAAUCUAUCCCGUUGCUGAAAUCCAACUCAACAUCGGAACAAAAAGUAUGGAAUAUAAAACUUGAUAUUUUCUUUUCUAAAACCUUGCCUGCCGUUAUCACCAGAGCCCCUAAAAGUGAUGUCCGAUUCAAAUGCGAGGCGAUAAUGAAUUAUACGAAGGUUGAAAAAUAUACGAAGAGUAAGGAAGGAACUGCAACCUUGUUAAAAGAAGCACCCCCUGAUCACAUACAGCAGAAACUGUUAGAAAAUGUUAAAGUGUACUGGUUAAAAGACAAUCGAAUAAUAGAUGAUAAUUCAACACUCAGAAUGAAAAUAACUACUAAAAUCGAUAAGACUAAUGGCACCAUAGGUACAAAUCUGAGAAUUAAGGACCUAGCUUUAUCUGAUAAAGGCAACUACACUUGUGUCAUCAAACAGAAUUAUGAAAAGAAACAAACAUCACAAUUAAAAGUUGAACAAGGUAUUGAGAACUAUGAGAUUCCCACAUAUGCAUCACUUUUCCCUAAUACAGAUAUCUACAGCCAACUGGAUAUUAAUGUUCAGUCUACACCUGGCUUGUUAUCAGAAAAUAUACAGACACUGAAUACAAAUAUGACUAAUUCUACUGAACCACAAAAAUUAGAGCCAAUAUGUCAGGAAUACUUGGGUAGGGUUUGUGCUGAGCAUUUAAAAGGACAGUUUGUUUACAUACCUUAUAAUACAAGUCAGGCAGUUCUCGAAGACAAAUUAUUGAAAGCUUUCCAAGUAACCAAGUACUCCAAUGACAUAAGUCCUCGCUGUGAAGGGUAUGCAGUCCCUAGUCUCUGUUAUUCAACGUUUCCUAUUUGCAGAGAUCCUUUUAUAACAAACAGAAAAUUCUACAGAGAGACCAGAAAGCUAUUCUCUAUCCAGACAGAUUCUUCCAUUAAAGAUAAUGAGGAUGACUUACCAGAAAUAGUUUUUGAAAACUUGCCUUUGGGUAAAUUGCCUAGCAUGUACACAGAUUCGAAUAGUUCAUUUGCAGCAAUGUUCAAUUUCCGAUACAAUUCAACUGUGCUGAGACGUGUCUGCAAACAAGACUGUGAGAUAUUGGAGAAUGAACUGUGCCAGAAAGAAUAUGCCAUAGCUAAGAGGCAUCCUCAUAUAGGACAGCAGUUAACCCUUGAAGAGUGUCAGGAUUUGCCAGAAGAUGAUCCUGACUGUCUAAGGAUUAGCAUUGGUGCAGUAAUGGUGUCUGAUGAUGAAUGCUACUGGGAAAAUGGCAGUGGAUACCUAGGCAGGGUUAAUGUAGCAGACAAUGGGAUGCCUUGUAUUGAAUGGUCUAAACAGUUACAUGUCACAUUGUCAGACUUCCCUGAACUCGCUGGAACACACAGUUACUGUAGAAACCCUGGAGGAGUUAGGGAGCAGCCAUGGUGCAUCAUAGAAAAAGAUGGCAAAACAGAUAAACAUCUUUGUGACAUUCCAAAAUGUGCUCACAAAAUCUGGAUUUACAUUGUUAUAGUUUUUCUUGUCUUGACUCUGACAAUUAUUGCAUUUAUUAUUUGCUUAUGUUAUAGACACAAAAAUAAGAAUAAUGCUGCCACAAUUAGGGAUAUCAAUUUACCAAAUGCUGAUAAGAACAUCUAUGGCAAUUCUAGACUGAAUUCACCGAUAGAAAUGAGUGAAUUGUUGACGAAUAAUAUUGCUAAUCAACCUCAUCUGACAAGAAACACUAGAGGUAAUGGUGUGCUCCGCAUUCCACAAUACUCACUCUCUCAAAUAAAGUUCUUAGAAGAAUUGGGUGAAGGUGCCUUUGGCAAGGUGUAUAAGGGCGCUCUGAAAAAGAAUGGUGAAACACAAUUUGUGGCAGUGAAGGCACUGAAAGAGAAUGCUUCUGCUAAAACACAGGCAGACUUCAGAAGAGAAAUAGAUUUGAUUUCUGAGUUAACCCAUGACAACAUAGUUUGUAUUGUUGGUGUAGCAUUGAGAGAAGAACCCUUGUGCAUGUUGUUUGAGUUUAUGGCUCGCGGAGAUCUUCACGAGUUCCUGAUGGGCCGGGCGCCGCCUUCAGGAAAGGGUUUACCUCCGAUGAGACUAUUAAAUAUUGCGAAUAACAUUGCAUCUGGCAUGCAAUAUCUUGCUUCACAUCAUUAUGUUCACAGAGACCUAGCGGCUAGGAACUGUUUGGUUUCUGACGAUUUUAUAGUCAAAAUAUCAGAUUUUGGACUGUCCAGAGAUAUCUACAGUUCGGAUUAUUAUAGAGUACAAUCAAAAAGUUUGCUGCCUGUGAGGUGGAUGCCGCCAGAAUCCAUACUCUACGGUAAAUUCACCACCGAGAGCGACAUCUGGUCCUAUGGAGUUGUGCUGUGGGAAAUAUACAGCUAUGGGCUUCAGCCGUAUUAUGGGUAUAGUAAUCAAGAGGUAAUAUCGAUGGUCCGUGGUGGUGAGCUACUAGCGGCGCCGGCGAGCUGUCCUCCGCCUAUGUACGCUCUCAUGAGGGACUGUUGGAAACACACGCCGCAAAGGAGACCUAAUUUUGAGGAAAUUGUUAAUAGAAUCCAAGAAUGGAUAAACAUUGGCGGGUGUCCAGAAACAGCAGUUUCCGAGGCAGGAAGCAGCGGUUUCAGCCACCGGCCAUCCGGGUCCAGCCGCGACUUACAAGAGAGAGUGCCGUUGCUCCCUCCUCACUGCUCCUCUUCCAACGGAUCCCUCGCAACCGGCAGCCUCAAGAAAUUCACCAAUGCAGGUUCCAGCUCCAAAGUUACUGAAGAUAACUGUUCCACUUGCAGUGAGGUACCACCCCUUGGUCCCAAAACAAAAAAACAUAGCUCCGGAUCGCUUAUAGACACAGACAAAAUAGGUACGAAAGACACAGUUGUUAGGAUACUACCCAACUCACAGUUCGGAAACGAAAUUUAAGGAUGGUACAAAUCACGGAGUAGUUAGCUAAUGGAGUUAUAACUUUCUCACUUUAUUUAUCAAAGUUGCACCAUCGCCUGUCUGCGCUUAUAUCCUUGUGGCCGAUUUUAUAGACGUGCGUUUUUAAACUCCAUUUGUAUACGACUCCUUGGUAGAAUAGAUAGCCAAAAUUCGACAUGUUUUGCUUUAUGCAUUUUUACACUUGAGAAUAAGUGUUCUAGUUUAAGAUAGGUUUGUAAAAAGAUGUAGUUUUUGUAACACUUUAGUCUUCAUAUUAUGUUGUUUAUGUACCUAAUAGCGUCGUUCCCCUACCUUAGGCAUAUUGAGCGGAUAGCCUGUUGAGAGAUUACUUCCAAAUGUUCAAUACUGCGUUUCAUUAUCACAGGUUCAGUUAAUAGGUAUCUUGCCUUUCUUGUCUGUUAAUAUGACAAUAUACUGCCGAGUUCGAUUAAUUAAUAAGAUUUCAGUUAUUUCCAUUAGUUCCUUUAUACUAACAUCGUAAGUGUAGGUUUAAUAACGGUUGUGUACUAUAGUGUAAAUGAGUACCUAAUUAUUUUGGCUAACCAAUUUAUAUUAAGUAAAUCUAAUUGGCUUUACUUAUCUGUUUAUUUAGUUAUUAGUCCAAAUAAGACCUUAAUGAGUUUAUUAUUUUUUGUCAAUUAUUUAUUUUAGAUAAUUUAUAUAUUUAGGUGUAAGUAAACAAUAUAGCAAGGAAUGCUUUUGAAAGUACAUAUUGUUUAGUUGCAUACGUACCAGCCAACUAGUUAAUUACUUAAGUUUUGAAUACGUACAUGUUAUUGGUUACAUAAUAGUAUUAAUUCCAGAAAGCCUUAAGGUCUGUGGUUCGUAUACAACUUCCAAAUAUAGUAUUUAUUUAUAAAACAAAUAUUUUAAAGGUGUUUCAAAUCCGGUAUUAGUAUAUAUACACAGUGCGUUUCAAGUGUGCAUCCCUGUGUUUUACAACCAAACAGAAUCAACUAAAAGUGAAUGGAUGAUUGAAAACUAUUUAUAUUCCAUUUUUUUGGGUACGGUGUGCAAAUACCUGGCCCCAUACAUUUUGAAACAUCUUUCAUGUAGUCUGCAUUUCUUUAAAUCGAGAUUUUAGUAUUUCUGUUGCAUAGAUAUAAUAUUAAAAAGUACAUAUAAUAUUAUGCGAAAAGUGUGUGUUCCAACUAAAUAGAUGGUUCAAAAAUUCAGAUGUAUUAGCUUAUAAGACUGACUGAAAAUAUCAAAACUACAUAAUUGUCAAUAAUGUACUUACAUUAGCGUUUAAUCUUCACACAAAGUGGACUGGAAUUUUUGACCGGCUUUAAGAUUUAUAUCAUUCAUAUUGGUUACAUUGGGAGCUAUAUCAAUACGAUCUCACUAAAUACACAGUAUGUGUAAUAUUUAUUAGUGUUACCGACGCAUCAAAACUUGAUCUCUCUGACUCCAUGAGUCUGCUCAAAAACAGAAACAGGUUUUUUGAAAUGCUACUCAGUUCUGCAUAUUUCUUAUGUAUUAUUAGCUUGAUACCCUUAUAAAUGAGUGAUUGUUAUAAUUCAGUGUUCCCACCAGACAACAUCAGCAGUAUCUAGAUCUUCCGAACAUUAAGAUUGUAAUUUAAGGGUGAGUUGCACCAUUUAACUCACACGGCCGGUUAUGUUUUGAUUAUUAUCGUUAUAGUUAAAUGGUGCAGCUCACCCUAGGUGUGGGCCAGCUUUUUUCUUUUUGUUUUUUCAACUGUGUGAUGUAAGUUGGUGGCAUAUGUAUGCUUGCCUGUUAGUACCUAAUCGUAAUUUAAGUAUAAAGUAAGACUUGAUAUUUUCCCGAACUACUGCGAUGUCUUGUUUUUUGUAAAAUUUUACUGGUUAUCCAUUUUUUGUACUUUUUUUUAUAAACAUUUAUAUUUAGUACUUUCCGUACUCGCCAAAGACUUUUUAUUUUGUAUGUGAUACACUUAGUUUCUUACUUAGAUGUAAAUUGUAUUUCUAUAAUAAAUAAUUUUUAAAAGUUUUCUAAAAAA